AAUGAUCCAGCUGCCAUAGUCAAUACUUUUGUUUUUUGUUGUCCUGUGCUGCAGCUUGGUUUUGAAUGUGUUCGUGUUUUUGUAAUAAUCUUACGUAUUUAUUGCCGCUUGCGUUAUAGCAUUAAUUGAAAUUACACGUCGUUUAUGAGUUGAUUUAGUGCCUGUGUUCAGUUUACGUGCAUUAGACUUUUGAAAUCGAAAAAAGGAUACAUUAAGACCUCUACUUGAGAUAAAUCAAAAUUGAAUGAAUCCUGAGUGCGUUUGGUUAUUCAACAUCGAAGAUGGAGGAAGAAAUAGUUUCUCCUUUGCCUAUCGUCCUGGAAACUUUGCAUGGCGAUAUCUCUGCCGACACAGAAGAAAUUAACGCCUCGAUUGCCGUAGAUAUUACCAAUGCCACUGAUAAUAAAUCUGUGUCUGUAGAUGAUGCGGAACCAGCUCCAGUAUGCGAAGAUUACGAGGGUGAUAAUUCAAUACAUGGUUUCAACUUAUCGAACGUUACAGUUAUUGAAAGAAUUAACGUCAAUACUCAAUCUAAUGACGAUAACAAUUCAAAUUCGAAUUUAACGACAAAUUCCAAAGUAUGUGAUUUAGAUUCAAGCGUGAAUACAAAAGUAAGCGAUUUGGACUUGAGUUUGACUUCUAAAGGCUGUGAAGGUAGUGACAGUGGUGUAGAAGUGCUUGAUAAUGUUAGCGGAGAAUGCAGAUUAAAACGAACUUUAAGCAGCAAUAGUGGCAAUUAUCACGAUUUCGAUAAUGUCACUCCUGCCAGAUCGUGCGACUCCUCGAUUAUUAGUUGCUGUUCUAAUUACGAGGAGGCAUACAACAUACUGGCAAGAAGAAAUUCGACACUUAUGGAAGAUUACAACCUGAGAAGCGGCGAUGGAACUAGCGAAAACGGCAGCGAAAGCUCUUCAUUGAGCAGGUCUUCAUCUAAAGCAUCUCGAAAUAAAACUGGUAUUACGAACUCCAAAAGGAAAAACAUGACUCCUGACAAUAGAAGUCAGCAGAUACGUAAUAGGACAGGGAUGACCAAUGGCCACUUGCAAAAGCCUAGCGAUAAACUUGCAAAUAAAGGCACCCCUUUGAGAAGUUCCAGUUCUUCCACUUCCAAUAGAUCAAAAGCACUUCCGCCCAAAUUAUCUUUGUCAGCUUCCAAGAAAGAUUCUAACAAUAAGUCACUGCUUCGUAAUGUAGCAACUUGCAAAACCCCAAGCACAUCCCCGGCAGAUGACGGAAGAUGGCCCUCGAUUAACAGUAAACCUGCUCCCUUGAUGGGAAGAUCUACGAAAAUGUCAGUUGAAACCCCGAAAUGUCGUGUCCUAACCGAUUCCAUUUACGCCACUUUUCCUAGGAGACGCAAGGAUAAAGAAUCGAAAGAGUCCACAAAUCGUUCUGGCAGCCGAGAAGGCAGCAUCAAUAAAACCAUAUUUAAAAAACAGUCAACCACUCCUCUUAGGUCCCUGCCUCCGUAUCCCAAAAGGAAAUCGGCUCCGAAAACAAAAAUAUAUCACGAAACCAGCAUACAGACUGCCCUUACAAAUGAAGACAUUGAAAAAGCUCUUGCAGGUGUUAUGAUCAAACCGUGUGCACCGCAAGACGUCGAAUUUAACGAUGUUAGUGUUCAAGUAGACAUAGCCAAUGUCAAGGCCAAAAAGACCCAAGAACAAUUGCAAGACGUGAGUGCGAAAUAUGAAAAGUUAAUGAAAGAAUUCGAUGAGCAACAAGAGCGUUUACGUGAUACAGAAAGAAGACUUAAAGAGGAAAAGACUGAGAAACAAGGACUGCAAGAAGAACUCAAGCACAAUACAGAAAGAGUUUUGGCCAUACUGGGGAAUGACGUAAAUCCAUCGACAGGAGUAGCUGAAGAAAAUGUCACAUCAGACAGCCUCGUUGUCUUGGAGUCUCGAUAUCGUAAAGUUGGCGAUAUCGUGAUAAAGCAGGAAGAAGAGAUCUCGGAGUUAAACACAUUUUGUCGAACGUUGCAGAGAGAGUUAGAUAAAAGCAUGAUGGUGCAGCAUACCCUCGUCCAGAAUUUACAAGAACUGGAAUCUGAGACCAAAGAACUUCAAGAGUUCAUGCAGGCCGAGAAAAACGCUCUUUCUGAUGCUCUAAAGGAAAGCGAGGCAGAAAUCAAAAAAUUAAAUGCCACCCUCGUUAAUAAGCAAAAGGAAAUCGAAAGCAAAACAGAAGAAUGCAGACAAUUAACAAGACUGAGUGAACAAAGAAGAUUGGAAAAUAUGGAUCUCCAAUCGCGAAUAAGUGCCUUAGAAUCGAAUUAUAAAGAUAUUUUAGUACAAGGAAGUAAAAUAUCCUCAGCUGCCAUUGCGUUAUCGCUGCUCAUAUCACGACUAGACAGUCUAAAUCAAGAGCUUAUUAAGUCGUAUAAUAUUUCCGAACAAGAAUUAGAAGACGUAAUUUUCCACAACGAAGCAUAUACUAAUAGUAGUAAUAGUCCUGAUUUAACUCCAGAAAAGCAAAAAACAUUCGACCAGGAUAAUAUGACUGGUAGUAUAACCAGUAGCAGAGCUUCUUCGUUCGUAUCAGCAAUCAUACACGCCAUCAAAAAUGCAGCCUCACAAUCGUUAUUAUACUACAGAGAACUUGGAAGCGAAUCAAUGCAUGCAGAAGUUCAGAACACGUCGGAAAUCCUGGACUUGGAAACCGAACCUUGUCUGAUGAUGGAACCAGUAUUAGAAGACGUCGUUUUACCAGAUACUCAUUCCCAAAAUUUGGUUUCCUCAAGCAGCCUCGCCAAUUCCAUUCGCCUUACAAGAAGUGAAAGCCUAACAAACCUCUCGAACUCUUUCACACAACGACAAUUCAGUUUGGACAAUACUGAAAGCAUGAACACAUCAUUGAUCAGUAAUUCAUCCUCCUAUUCAGAUUUUGGAUCGUCAACGUCUCUUCUCGAUCAAAUAAUCCAUCUCGAUAACUUGGUCACCAAGUUGCUGAAAAUAUUAAGAAUAAUUCAGAUCGAAAACGAAGAAAUGCAAACUGAUUUGCAGGAGGAAAGAGACAAUCUUGUAGUACAAGUUGAAAAGCAGAAGGAAGGGAAUAAAAUUGUUGCUAAACAAUUAAAGGACUGGGAAACGUUAGGUUCUAGGCUAAAAAAGGAAGUGAAAGAACUGAAACAAGAAUUAGGGAAAAAGAAUACUGAAAUACAGAAUGUCAAGCUGGAAGGUGAUAAAAGUAAAAAGGAUAUUGAGAAACUUAAUGAGGAUAUUUGCACAUUGUCAACUCUUUGUUCAAAAUGUGAACACAACAAUUUGACUGCAGAAACAACGCCAAAAUCUAACGAUAAGACUCCAGUACAGUUUGAGGAAUUAGACUUAUCGAAAGAAGUGAUUCUACUUAAAGAAAAAUUGCAAGGGAGGGAGAAGCAGCUACAAGAAAUAAUGGACGAAUGCAGAGCAAGCAAGCAAGUUCAGACAGAAAAUUUUAAAAUAGCAAUAGAGGAAGCUAAAAAGCAGUACAAGGCUAUUGAUAAUGCACUUGAGAUUUUACACAGUAUUCAACCAGUGGUUCAAGAAUGUCCCCAGCUGGCAAAACUGCAAAGUGAUUUGGAGGAUCUAAAUUUUCAGACUAUUUCAUCAAUUCCUUUGGCAGUUCCGUCCGAAUUCAACUCAUCGGCUCCUGUUCUGGUGAGGACCGUAACUGAUCUUGAAAUUCCUUCUCCUAUUAAUAGUACUGCAUAGGUCUAACGUUAGCUAGGUACAGUAAUACCAAAAACGAAUUAAAAAUUACACUUAACAUGUAUACACUUUCCCAGUGAAAUUUUCUACUGUUUGUUAAAAAUUCUGCUUAUCUGCUCUAUUAUAUUCGUUUGUAAAUGAUUAAGUCUUAUCAAUAAAUAAUUUCAAACAA